ACCAACUGUCAACUAUAUACAAUCGUUUUUCCAAUGAAUUGUUCAUGUUUGGCCUAGUUUGCCCUGUCGGAUAACAAAUGAGUUAAAUAGGCGGAUGUUCAAUGUAUCAGCAGUGCAUCAUAUAAAUGCCCGCCGCCAAUGCCAGGGCCGUGGUCGAACAUUGACCCUAUCACUCUCUGGGCCUAUAUUGAGAUGGGAUGAGCAGCUGUGUAUAUCGGCCAUACGCUAUAGCUGGUGAGAGUAAGCAUACUGCUCAAUGCAUACGCUGCUUGAAGUGCAAUGCUUAAAGUGAGGUACCAGGAAGGUUCUUGACGAAGUGUGGACAAACUUGGAUAUGACUAAUUAUAGUUCUCUCUACGCCGACUCUACUCUCUCUUCUCAAGAAGUCAGUUUCUGGUAGGCAAGCAGGUUUGGUUGAUAAUGCAACGGCAACGAGGUGGGAAUAACCUUGGGGUUGGCAACAAGUAAUGGAGCUAGAAACCACCUCAUUCGCGAGUGAGGAAGAACUAUGUCAGAAAGAUGACACCAAAGGUCUCAAUGGCGAAUCAAGCAUCGGAGAUGGUCACCACGGACAUGAUGGCAGUAGCCAUGGGGACACAUCAGGUUGCCAUGGAGAAGAUUGUCACCAUGUUGACGGUGUCGGUCACCAUGGAGAAAAAACCUCGAACCAAUACGAGGAAGACGAACUUCUCAAAUCAGACACCGACUCAACAUUUUUUGACGAUCAUAGUGUAAUCACAGAAGAAGUAGAGCCACCUGACGGAGGGUUCGGCUGGGUCGUGUGUGCCUGUGCAUUUUUCCUACAGCUUAUUUGUGAUGGACUACUCUUCAGUUUUGGAGUAUUGUAUAUAUCAUUGUUGGAGCACUUCGAAGAAGGGAAGAGUGUCACAUCUUGGGUUGGGGCGGUUUUUAUGGGAUGCAGCAUGUUAAUGGGGCCUCUUGCAGGUGCGUUAGCCAAUAAGAUAGGUUGUCGGAUAACGGGCAUGUUAGGAUCCGUCAUCUGCUGUGUUUCACUCGUCAUCAGUACAUUCUCGCCGAACAUUGCUGUCCUUUCCAUAACCUAUGGCGCCAUGGCGGGGACUGGUCUAAGUUUUGUAUAUCUCGUGUCUGUUGUGAUGGUAGGGUCUUACUUCAAAAAGCGCCGUGCCCUCGCUAACGGAAUUGCCAUGUGCGGGUCAGGAAUCGGGACUUUCAUCAUGUCGCCAUUACUAAGGUUCCUGUUGGACAAGUAUGGAUGGAACGGAACAAUUUUGAUUCUCGCAGGAAUAGCAUUGAAUGGUUGUGUAUUUAGUGCCUUUUUCCGACCAGUCACUUACAAAGUGAUGAAAAAUGAUUCAAGGAAUGGAAGUAUUGAACACCUUGGUGAUAAUGUUGUGAUAGCUGCAACUGAUUCAACAGAAAACUGUGACGAAUUGGGACGAGUUGAGAAGGAUCAAUUAGUAGGGCUAGUGGAUGGCGUAGAGAAUGAUAAGUUAGCUGAAGAUGUGCCAAAGACCGACUCAGGAUAUGCUAGCAAUAAUCACGUGGGAAAAACCAAGCCUACCCUAUUAGAAGUUCCGCCACGGCUUUCGAAAGAUCGACGCAUCUCGUCGCUCACUGAUCUCGACAGAUUCCAAAAGGUUCAAAAUAAUCGUCUGGUGGCUUUGAAAACUGUACACCAGUUAAGCCAUCCCCACCUCCAUAGGAUGGGGGCGAGCUCAAACAAAAGUUUGAGUGUUCAGUCUAGGACUUCACGGAAUCUUAUCACAACUCAGUCUCUGGUAGACACUUACUGGGGGAAGGAGAAUGUCUCUACGAUGAGCAGGCGGGAAAUAUUCAUGAGUGGGAGUGUUAUGACAAUUCCAUGGGUGCCUGCCAAAGACGUCGGCUCGGAUAGACAACGCUAUAACUCAAGACUCGGUCAGUUAUCAACAAAGCCGGUCUUGGCGGGUUCGAAGUCUCACUCAUGGUUCUUUUCCUGCGUAGAGGCUCUUGGGAUUCCUCUUCUGCGUGAUCCGGUGUUGAUUCUGAUUGUACUAUCCUGUGUUUUCUGGACAGGACAGUCCACUAUCUACACAUACCUCGUCGACUAUGCCCUGUAUCGAGACAUUGACAAACACAGCGCAUCAUUUCUCCUUUCAAUAAUCGGAAUUCUGAAUACGAUAGGCAGGAUUGUCAUCGGCUGGGUGACAGAUCAUCCGAGGGUUGACUCCACGCUUGUCUACGCCAGUGCCAUCCUAGUUACGGGGGUUAUAGCAUUUGUGAUACCUUUCUGUGAAUCGUUCGUAGCUCUGGCAUUCUGCUCUGGAGUGUUUGGAAUUUGUAUGGCCACAUAUGUUUCCCUGCGGUCGAUCAUUGUCGUGGAUCUAAUGGGCAUUGACAAAUUAACCGGCAGCUUCGGGUUGGUGAUCAGCUUCCAGGGGAUAAGCUAUAUAGUCGUGCCGCCUAUAGCAGGUGCGAUUCUUGAGAUGACCGGAACGUACAUUGGUCCGUUCAUGUCUACCGGUGCGUUCUAUACUCUUGCCGCUAUCGUCAUAUUACCGGUGCGCAUUCUGCAACGCAGAUGUCAGAAUAAGGCGAAAGACAUUGACUUAGAUGACGCUGAUGUGUAAUGAACUCGGCGAUUAAGGACUGACCAUAAAAACACUCUAUUGUAUAUUUGACCAGGGUAAUAAACUUGUCUUAACUAUUUAACCCUAAGACUUUUGCUGAUAUAAUGCAGUCCUUUUUCUGUUUCAAUUGUAAUCCAAGUGGCAUAUCUGUGAUCAUAUUCAAGCGUGUAAUCUGGACACUGUCUUCAGUCUAUUUCUUAAACAGCUGUAAUAUUCUGGAGAAAAAAUGUGUGCGUCACUUAUUUUCGUGUUUAAGAUAUACAUAUGGCCGGGUCUAUUUGGCAAGCCGCUCGCCGAACAGGCAUCUUUUUUUGUCCUGUUUGGAGAGCCGCUUGCCUAACAGUACUAAAAAGCCACCCUGUCAGUCGGCCAGCCGGGCUUGCCAAACAGAGCAAAUUUUCUUUCCUGUUUGGCAAGCCGAUGAAUAAACCACGCCUACUCAUGAAUAUGCAUAAUGGCGUAUUGAUCUGAAAAUGGUCUGUUACUGCGGUUUUUCCUCUCCAGCGCAUUACUAACUUAUGAAUAUUAAUGAGCCCUUGGGCAUUUAUAAAUAUUAAUGAGUUCGGCUCUCCAUUCAGGACAAGAAAAAGUCGCUGUUUGGUAAGCCGGGCUUGCCAAAUAGUCACUUCCUAUACAUAUUGCCGUGAAAAAGAAAAUCUAAUUGACGUUACUAUUCAGGGUUGUCAAAACAGUGACAUAAAAAGGCUUUAAUUGUUAAAUUUAAAAUGAUUUAAAUUGUAUUGUUUGUUCAUUGUACAUUUUAGAAGCAUUUAUUUAGCGACUGACAAAACACUUCGAUUGUGCCAGUGUUGACUAAUUUUCAUAUUAUGCACUUCAAAUGUCUAUGUACAAAAUCGUGUGCAGCUAUGAGGUUUAUGAAUUUUUAUACCUUAUGAAUUUAAAACAAGUGUCGAUAUAUACAUGUACGUGUGUGAUAUGCCAACUGUUCGACUGUGCAUGAUUGUUUUUGUUUUUUUCUUAUUAAGAUUACGUGGGGUCUUAGUAACGUCCGAGUCCAUCCAACCUCAACCACAGGAGCGCUACAGUUGCUGUUUGGUUUUCAAAAUGUAGCAAUCCCUGUGGACAAUGCUGCAAAGCUACGCAACUUGCUUCAUUUUCCUGGCCUACAAAUGGCAAUAGGUCUGCAGACCUGAACACACUUGGUAUUGUUCUCACAAUGUUUUUCCCUAUAACUCACGUCCACAAAAUGCAGCUGUGAUAUACAGUGUAACCUCUCUUAGUCUUAGUGGAAACCUCUCUAUUGAGUACGCUAUGUUUGGUCCAUAAUCAUUUGUUUUACAUUCAAUUUGACCUUCUAAUCAGGACAACUCUCUAUCAAGGACAGCACUAGUCAUUCCUGAGGGUGUUUUUGAUAGAGAGGUUCUGACUGUACUGUUAUAUAUUUCUGUGUAUGUCUGUCUACAUAAUGUUUACCUGGAUAUUGUUUACCGUUUGACCUGCUUGGCUCUUUUACACUGUGCUUGUUCAAGCCAUCGAUAGAGACUAGUCCAGGUACCAGCUAGUUAGAUUUUCCUAUGAAGAAUCAAAGUUGCCUUAACACUCCUGGUCAGAGGAGAGUUCAUAUUUGUUCAUAGUGUAGGCCUUUGGCCAUAAUAUGGUGUCCAAAGGGUCGUAUUGAUAACGUUGACCAGGUCAUGAGGUCAUUGAGACAGUCACACAUUUCUUGAAUCUCUAGACAAUCCAGUAUUACCUACUACGUGUAUGACCUACUAUGUAAACCAUCAAAUUUCUGCAGCUCUUUGCUCUCCACGAUAUUUUCUUAUGAAAUCUCCUUGAUUUCUAUUUUGGCGUGUAACCAAAUUAUAUUUCAGUUCUUCCAACCAAAAAUGAUAAUUUUGUGAAUGUAUCAUGAAAGAUUCAAAUACUAUAAUUUGAUUUAGAUAUCAUGAAAUAACACUGUAGGAUGUAGCUCAGUGCAAAGCACGUAUGAAGCGCAUUGUAUUUUGUAUACAUGUCCAUGUAUAAUGAAAAUAUUCAA